UACAGAUUUAUAUACAGUAACACAAAUUUCUUUUGGAGCUAUGUUUGUGACACUCCCCGCGAGAAUUCCUACCAAACCAAAAGGAAGCGACCAGCACCCCAUGCUAUUACGCUCAUAAGGGUGCAUUAUAAAAUACCAUCCUUUUCUGUUAAAGGUCACUAAGUUUGAUAUCUCUCAGUGAGCUAUGCAGCACCACAGGAAUACGGAAAGUAGUACAACGGGGGCGCUAAAUAUCGCAGGUCUGUCGGACGAAGAUUAUUACGACCUAAACGUCCUGCGCCCGGAUGGUUCGAUUAGAAACCCCUUUCAAGUUGGCUGGAAAGAUGGUCCUGCGGAAAUACCCGACUGCUCGCUUAGGUUCGACAACGAUGAUUUGGAGGACGGCAGCUCGGACGCAGGUUAUGACAUUCGCUCAGCCUUAAAUAUUCGUAGUGCGACAUUUCCUCGUUCAAGAUUACUUGAACGAAAGAACCAACAAGUAGCGCGACUAUGUCGCAGAUUCUGGAAAAACAAGAAAAUACUCGAGGUCGAUUUGAACACGAGCGAAUCCAAUGCUUUGCUAACGCAAAAGCUUGCAGACGCUGUUAAGACCAGCGCGGCCUUAGACAGUCUGCGAGAGCAGGCGUUUGAUCAUGAUCCAACAGUGGAAGAUGUCCUUGAUCGCCAUUUCCGAAACGGUGAAGAAAAUGCAUGUAAAAUGGAGAUCUUGCGUGCUCAGCUGUUUGGCCAUGCGGAGGAAGAUCAUUCCCGGCGCAAAUGGUAUGCCACCACCUUGCAGAGAAAUCCCGGACAGAUAAUCGUCGAUACAUUUGGAAAAACGGAUAUGCAGGAAUUUCCCAAAGAUUUGUAUCGAUCACUAAAGGACCACUUUCAGUUCCACGAGAACGGUUCGUCCAGUCUGUGGCAGAGUAACGACAACAUGCUGAAUAUGGCUGGCGUACCUCUGCAUAGACGGUUUGGUGAUGACCGGAUGACCAGCGGAUUUUUGGAGUUCCGCCAAAAGGUCGAUGCAUUUCGGCUUCUGUUUGAAAAGAGCGCGCAUGUCUUGCGCUCGGUAGAGGAUUCGCAGUUUUACGACACAAACAGGCCCAAUUUCGGAUGGAAUGUGGCAAAGGAUAUCUGGGAAGAUCAUAUAUCCUUGGUAAACUUAUGCAGCACGGCUUUAUCGCAUCUACACCCAAAACUGUUGCCAGCUGCCAGCGCUUACGCUGAUCGGAGCAGCGGAGUGCCACAACCUCAGUUGUCAGCCGACAUGACCAAUGUAUCCCACAAAAUCAAUAAAAAUAAGAUAUGAGCUAAAAACGUAGUACUAUGUAGCAUGUACUAUGUAAUGCUUCUACAUGUUUCGCCAUUUUAAUAAUGACACUUUGUUUUGCACAGGAAAAAAUUUUGUCGCAUCUGCUAGACCCGGCACAAGUUAAGAAAACAA